AUGAGCCAAGUGAUUCAGCUCUUACGCGCAACUCAAGAUCAUGUGAGGCGAUAUGUGCUACUUGCAAAAAAUAUUCACGUCGUGGAAAACUUGGAUUGGACGAUUAGAAGCUUAUCAUGGAUCGUUAUUCCGUCUGAUUGCAGACGACCAUACCGGCGGGUGUGCCGACCUACUGAUGAAGUGGUCAAGACCAAGAGCAACACUCAAUGA